AUGACCGGUCCCCCGUUUGAUCAAGGGAAAAGACCUAUUUUACAAACUGCUCAGCAACAACAACAACAACAUCAGGGCGAAAAUUUCCACGCAGACUCCCUCAACGAUCUUUCUUCUGACAGUGAUAGAUUCAAAUUCGAAUAUCCUGCUCAUCCCUAUGCCAGAGCUACCGACGCAACCCCUAAUACUGACUCUACAACAGUUUCCCCUGACUACCAGAAUCUAACACUAACUCAAGGAGCAAGUGAACAUCAAUCUUUCUCUGGUAACUAUGGCUAUAAUGGGCUCUCUCAGCAGCCAUACUAUGCAAUCUCUUCGCCAAAUGCGUCAAUGCCAAUGACUCAACAACAACAUCCACAGCUUCAACAGCACCAACACAGCCAGUGUACGCAAUUAGCACCAACAUCACUCUCGACAUUACAAGAGCAGCAACCGUCGACAACGGCAUCCAUGAUGCUUCUUCCUAGCAAUCCUCUUCCUGGCAUCGAUCAGAACCCAUCGCCGCGCGACGAAUCGUACCCGUCGUCGCAGCAGCAGUUUGAGUUAGUGACCGAGUCUCCAGAAUAUCUUAAUGCUUUUUAUAAUGGGUCUGCUCGACAAGAUGUCUUGUCUUCACCACACAGGCCAAUUGAAUCUCAGGAACGAAUGGUGAAUAUAUUUCACAAGGACUUUCGGAACAUAAUGAUCCAAAAGCCGCUGCACGCGCGAAAACAAUAUCCCCAUAUGAUGGGCGGUUGCGAUAAUGCUACUGGAUCUCAUGAGUCACUACGUCCUGUUUUCCCUGGAUCUUCGCUAUCGUCCUCAACCACUAGUAGUACUAUCACCACCACCGCUACUGCCACAGAUACGGAACGAGCGCUCAAACCAUCGUCCGCUACUUCGACUAGAGCAACAAAACGUGGUGUAUUAGCUGAGCGACGUCAUGGGUGUCCAAAUUGCAGUCGCUCAUUUACCAAACAUCAUGACCUCGUACGCCAUUACGCGACACAUAUCCCUGAAAGCAAACGGAUCAUGUAUCCAUGCCCUGACUGCGGUAACGUCUUCUUUCGCAAGGACUCCAUCACUCGCCAUCGUGGUACAGCUGCUUGUCAGAAAUGCAAAGACAGGGACAUGGACUACGAAAAUGACACCAGUGGUAAGGAGCCCUCGUAA